AUAUGAUAUUUUUGUUUUUAUCUAUCUGCAAAAAAAUAGUCAAAGUUAAUAUAGAAAUAGUAAAUAAAGUCAAAAGGAUAUAACUAUUUUUCUGAACGAAGGGAGUAGAUUUUACUCAAAAUAUUAUCUUUUAAUUAAGAUACGAUAUCAUUAUCUUGUAAACUAUUAAGAUCUGAAGUCUAUUGCCACUUAAACUCUUCUUUAUCUUAUGUUGAUAUUUAUCUUGAAAAAAUAGAAUCCGUUCUUUUUUUUGGUCAAGGUCACUCUCUUUGAUUCUCACGUUUCAGAGCUCGGAGCAGAAGGUGAAUAAACAAUGAGUAAUACUGCGGCUGAUGAUGGUAUCCCAACUAGAUUAUUGGAGGGGAAAAGGAGUGCUAUGUUUGUAUGUUGGUUACUUGGAAUGGGGUCUCUCCUUGCAUGGAACACUAUGCUGACUGUUGGAGAUUACUACUACCAAGUUUUCCCGAAUUACCAUCCUUCGAGGGUACUUACCCUUGUAUACCAACCAUUCGCCGUGGGAACAAUAGCAAUUCUUGCGUAUAACGAAUCAGGGCUGAAUACUCGAAGGAGAAACAUAGCUGGAUACGUUCUUUUCUUCCUUAGUACUCUGGGUUGUAUAUUGUUAGAUUUAGGUACAUCUGGGAAAGGAGGAGUUGGACCUUAUGUAGGAUUAUGCAUACUGGUUGGCUGUUUUGGUCUAGCAGAUGCUCUUGUCCAAGGUGGGAUGUGUGGAGACUUGGCUUUUAUGCUGCCUGAGUUUUUACAAUCGUUCUUUGCUGGUUUGGCCGCUUCUGGUGCACUAACCUCUGGUCUGAGGCUCGUGACAAAAGCAAUAUUCGAUAAAACUCACGAUGGCUUACGCAAGGGUGCUUUAUUAUUUUUGGCUAUCUCCACGGCAAUUGAGUUUUUGUGCAUUUUCUUAUAUGCGUUUUACUUCCCUAAGUUACCGAUUGUCAAGUACUUCCGCUCCAAAGCAGCUUCGGAGGGAUCUAAAACUGUUACCGCUGACCUUGCUGCAGUCGGUAUCAACCAAGUUGAGAACGGUGCAAAAUUGAAUGAUCGUUUAACACUUAAACAAUUGCUUCGUCAGAAUUGGGAUUAUUUUUUGGAUUUAUACCUUAUUUACGUGUUGACGUUGUCAAUUUUUCCUGGUUUCCUAUAUGAAAAUACAGGAGCUCAUACAUUAGGCACAUGGUAUUCUGUGGUGUUAAUUGCCAUGUACAAUGUUUUGGACCUGAUUGGAAGAUACACUCCUCUGAUCAAGUGCUUAAAUUUAGAGUCUCGAAAGGGCCUAAUGAUUGCGAUACUAGCUCGUGUACUCUUUGUUCCUGCAUUUUACUUCACUGCAAAGUAUGCAGAUGAAGGAUGGAUGAUCCUGCUCACAUCCAUAUUAGGGUUUACUAAUGGUCACCUUACUGUUUGUGUGUUAACCGCCGCACCUAAAGGCUACAAGGGACCGGAGCAAAACGCAUUAGGGAAUUUGCUGGUGCUUUUUCUUUUAGGCGGCAUAUUUUCCGGGGUUUGCCUUGAUUGGUUGUGGCUCAUAGGUCACGGAAGCUUUUGAUGAAAAUUUAAAAUGCAGAUAAUAUAUAAUUUGUUUUAUAAAGCUUAUUGAUAAAUUGUUUAUUGGAUGAUCUCAAACAUACUAUUAAUAUUAUUUUUCUAGUUCUCUAUA